GUCACGCUAUCGUGCGCUUUUGGAUUCGGGCUGGAGAAGAUGGCGGCCUCCUCAGGAGUUAAAGUUCCUCGUAAUUUUCGUUUGUUGGAAGAGCUUGAAGAAGGGCAGAAGGGUGUUGGUGAUGGCACAGUGAGUUGGGGUUUAGAGGAUGACGAGGACAUGACGCUCACACGGUGGACAGGGAUGAUCAUUGGACCUGCGCGAACUAAUUACGAAAACAGGAUAUACAGCCUGAAAGUGGAGUGCGGACCUAAAUACCCUGAAUUACCACCGACUGUUAGAUUUGUAACAAAAAUUAGCAUGAAUGGAAUAAAUAAUUCCAAUGGGAUGGUGGAUGCACGUAGCAUACCAAUUCUAGCAAAAUGGCAAAACUCAUAUAGCAUUAAAGUCAUUCUUCAAGAGCUAAGGCGUUUUAUGAUGUCCAAAGAGAAUAUGAAGCUUCCUCAACCACCGGAAGGCCAGACAUACAGCAAUUAAUUGUAAAUGAUUAUGACCCUCUGUCUUAAACCUUACUCUCUUAGAAAUGUCUUGUAAAUCAUCAGAAAACAAAACAAAAUCAUAUAUUGCUCACUCCACUGUCAAAACAGUCUCCUGCAGGAGCAAGAUUGGACAUUUCUAAUAGUUUAGCUUGAGAAACAAAGAAAGGAAAAUGUCUAUAAUGUGUUGGCACCAUGUUCAAUUGUAUUUUAAUAUUGCAAGUGCACAAAUCUCUUCCAGUAACAUUACAUCAAUCACAAGCUUUAUGUUGAACUGAAUCCUGUCUGCAUAGACGCAGAAGGCAUGUUAGAACUGUGAGGUUUAUAUUGAUCUAUACAUUUUAAGUGACUGGACACCAAAACAAACAAUUAGGAUGCAUCUAUGACGGCAUGCGUAUUAAAAUGAAAAAGCACCUGAAGUUGUUUGUUAACUGAAUUUAUAUUCUGUGUGUAUGUAUCUGAACCCCUCACUGAUAAUAUUGUUAAGGGUCCUAAAAGUGUGCCUGUAGUCUACUAGUAGUAUCACACGGGUGGGAGUGGUUCUGAACUCUUUUUGUUUUUAUUUUUAAUGUCUGUAUUUGACACAAUGGCUGUUUGUUUCAGCGCGAAAGCUCUUGACUUGUACACGGAUGCUUUGUUCUGUUCUCAAAUCAAACCACGCACUUAACAUGACAGGUGCAUUAAAAUGUGACUCUCCAAUCCA